AUGGAGCUGAGCUGGGCUAUGCUAUGCCACCCAACCCUGUGGAGAAUCUUAUUUUUUUUCCCUCCUGGCUUGUUGUCUGACGGCGGAUCAGCCAGACAGACUGCAGGAGACGAGGAAGUCGAAGAAGAAAAGAAAAGGCCCUUUGGUCAAGAAUCCCUACAGAAAAGAAGCUCUUCUUACAGGGGGUGCUGCCCGAAGCAUUUAUAUUUAUAUACAGAGCGACCACCACGGCCAGCAGGGGAGGCAUUAUUUAAAAUAAUAUCGCCGAGCAGCGAACUACUUAAAGGGCACUUCCAGCUAAUUAAUGAAUGGCUUUCUCCUCCCGCCAUCGCUCUCGCUAGCUGGCCAUACUUCCCCCCCUCGUCCUCCUCCCAUCCCUUUUCUUUUCUUUUCUUUUCCUCCUCCUUUUCUUCUUCUUCGUCUUCGUGUUUUUUUUUUUUUUUUCUCUCACCAAAAAGUUUUUUCUUCCCCAAAAAUUUGGACGCCACACAAACCACGUGA